AUGACUCGGAAAGACCUUCUGCCUAACUUACCACGCCAAUGUGAAUACCUGCAUCUUUUCAAGUGGACGUUGUAUGUGCGAGAAGAGGCACCGUCAGUCGACUCGGGGCCUUUCAAACACACAGCGAAAGAGUGGACGUUUGGGCUGUCCGACCCCGGCCCGUUUGUGGUGUCGGCGUCUGGCACUGUAUUUCGGCUCACCUUCUCGGCUCACCGGAAGCUCAUCAGUUGGCCACUACUCCAGAACGCUACCUUUCGACUGAGUGCGCGGUCAGCGGCAUUACUAGGUGUUGAAGCUGAUAUAUUCUCGGGGAAAGUGAACGUUGUAGAAGAGCCUGUUGGUGGCUGUGAUGAGGUUGUGUUGGUGUCUACUGGCCGCAUUGCAAUCGGCCUGUGGUCGGGCCCCGAAAGUGAGGUUGCGGUCAUCUACCUCAAUGUUACCUUCUAUGAUAUAGUCAGGGCUUUUGGUCUUGCCAGUCAUCGUCUCGGGGGAACCCCCGAUGACUUGGACCCACUGGUCGGACUUAGAGGGCUCACAGUGAUGGUAGCACUGAGAGACGGCGCUACAGUUGUGUUCAGCAAUACUUUCUAUCGUGUGGACGCUGAAGACACUUUCAUACAGCAACCUGAACCCUCGGCUGUUUUUCAUGUGUUAAAACCGCAUCAAUCAGGACAGGCGUUCGAGUUCCCGAUCGAUGGUAGUCUUAGGCUGGCCUGGCGUACAAGGGCUUUUACGAGGUUCUGGCAUGCUGUCACGGUUGACGUGGUGGUCUUCACUGAGGACCACGAAGUUCUAUGGAGUGUGAGCGAAGUGGCUCCACUCAGAGCGACGUCCUCACGGGUUGAUCAUUCUGCUACUAUUGAUUUUGACGUCACCGAAGACUGGAGGCAACACUACGUGUCUUUGGCUCAGUCGAAAGUGGCGGCCCUUGAGGCACAUGCCCUGGAGUCGAUCGAUGAGAAGUGA